AUGAGAUCCAUUUCAAUUCUAAAGAUAUCACUAGCAGUGCUCCUCUUCAUAUCCCCAGCAUUUACUCAAAAUGAAUUCACUUAAAUGGGUGAAAUGAUUGAUGAUGCCCAAGUCAUUAUUAACUAAUCAAACUCAGCUUAUCAACAAUACAUGAAAUGUUUCAAUGACUGUGACUCCAACAACCUCGGAUACGACUGCUACUAUCAAUGCUCAAAUGAAUUGAGUGAAAAUAUGAAAACUGUUAUCUCCUUGUUCAAAGUUGAUCCAGCCUAUAACUUUGAUGAAGUUGAGAACAGAUUCUUCACUGAGGAUGCUAUCUUUGAGGUUGGAACUGAUCUUUCAGAACAAGCAAAAGAUCUUAAAUUCUAGAAUAUGAUGAAUACCGUCAAACUCUUUGCUCUCGAAAAGCACUCAAGAGCAUCAUUCGACCCACUAUACUUAGCUGCUACUGACGUAUUCGAAGCUUACAGCCAAUGCCUCAAUAACUGUGUCUUGGGAGACGCAGAUGUUUAUACUUGUAUGGAUGGAUGCAGUACAUAAUACCAAAAGAGCCUCGAAAAAGAGAUGUCAUACUCAUUGGGUCUUGAGAAUUUACAAUCCUUCACCUCAAUUACUGAAAGCUGGAUUUAGUAUACUAACUGUAUGAGAAAAGCAACAUCUUAAGAGGAAUAGCAAGCAUGCAAUCACCUUCUUCCCUCAUACUCACUAAAUGAAAUGCAAUCUCUUAUAAGUCACCAACUAAGUCAAGCAGGAACUUCCAGCCAGAAAGCAACAAGCUCAACAAUAACUCGUAGUCGGCACUUCCACCUUAAAGUAAAAUGCUGGACAAUACAAGCAAGUUGCUCAAUCUGA